AUGAAAGCAUCAAAGCUUUCAAGCAAGUUACUCGUUAGAACAGCAUUAAAAAUGGGAAAAGUUGAACUAAAUAAGUUAAUAAACGAAAGGACUCACAUAGUGAUUCUAGAAAAAGCUUUGAAAAUAGGAGAUAAAUUAGAAAGAGAG